ACGGCCCUAUGUCUCCCCGGCUAAGCUCCAGCCACUCACUCUGUGUCCUGCCAGGAUACACUGCACGCCUGGAUAAUAUGCCGUCGAGUGGGAUACUCCUGUUGCUGCUGCUCUUCGUAGAAAUUGCCUCCUCAUCCUCCCCAGUUGCACGGGUGGUAGCUCUGGCAGGUGGCGAAGCCCAUCUACCCUGCGACCUAUCCCCGGCAAACGACUCUGUGGCCCUUGUGCUGUGGUACAAGGACGCCCUGCCAACGCCGGUGUACUCCGUGGACGCUCGACGAGGUGAUGUGGCUCAGGCCAGGCACUCAUCGAUCGCAUGGGGUCCGAGGGCGUACUUUCUGACGCAACCACCUGGACUUCGUUUACAGUCACUAGCGGUCGGUGAUUCGGGAGUCUACCGCUGUAGAGUAGACUUCCGCAAAGACAGGACGAGAAAUCACGAGACGACGUUAACGGUUAUUGAACCACCAAAGAAGCCCGUGAUACGUGAUGCUGAAGGGGACGGGAAAGAAGCGCUCCGAAGCCUUAUUGGUCCUUACAACGAAGGGGACCGUCUCUCUCUGGUGUGCGACGUUGAAGGAGGUGUCCCGACACCGAGCGUCAGUUGGUGGCGUGAAAGCGUGCAACUGGAGGGCAACCAGUCGGAACUUCGCCCGGGCGUCAUGCGGAGCUCUCUCGGCCCUUUUAUUCUUCGCCGUCAAGACCUAAUGGCAGUCCUCGUAUGUCAAGCGUCCAAUUCCAACCUAACGGCGCCAUCGACAACGUCCAUCACACUAGACAUGAAUUUUCGUCCCCUAGAAGUCAGCAUUGAAGCUCAAUCUCCAACUCUUGAAGCUGGCAAGACUGGCUGGAUUGUCUGCCGUGCCGUUGGUUCCAGACCUCGAUCACGGAUAACGUGGUUCUUAAGUGAAGAAGUGCUGAAGGGUGCCAAACAAAAUGAAUCAUUGGAUGGAAACGUCACUCUGAGUAGGCUGCCACUCGUUGCGUCAGCAGAACACCAUGGUCGCGUGCUACGCUGCAGAGCCGAUAACGACCUCAUCUCCGGAUCAGAAAUCUUCGCAGACUUUACGCUUCAUGUUCUUUAUCCUCCGAAGCUGACAAUGACACUUGCCCCGAAUCAACGCCAUUCAAAACUUCGAGAGGGCCAAGAUGUCUACUUGGAAUGCAAGGCUGAUGCCAACCCGCCGGCUACUGACUUCCGAUGGUGGUUCGGAAAAAAGGAGAUAUUCACCGAUCGCAGUGGAAGGAUGCUCUUGAACAACAGAACUCUUGUGCUCCAAAAGGUGCAGCUGCACAACAGAGGUCCAUAUCGAUGCACCGCGCGCAACACUCAGGGAGAGUCAACUAGCAACAGCAUGCACCUCAAGCUUCAAUACGCUCCGGUAUGUCGGGAAGGCCAGCAACAAGUGUAUGGGGCUGCUUCGAACCAAGCAGUCAGCGUCAACUGCGAGGUUGAAUCCGAACCGCCGGCAAAGUCUUUCACCUGGCAGUUGAACAACGACAGUGUCACUAACUUCACACGUGUCACGCUCAAGAGUCAGCUUACGUUCACCCCUCGGUUUCCUCUCGAUCUGGACAAGAUCUACUGCUGGGCAGCGAACGACGUGGGGAUCCAGAGGACACCCUGCGUCUACACACUUGAACCGGCCAGAAUUCCGGAAUCACCUCGCAACUGCAGCGUGCACAACAGAACGGCGCAUUCUUUCGUUGUGGACUGUGAGUCAGGAGACGAUGGCGGAAUGCCUGCUGUGUAUGUGCUUCGAGUUCAAGACAGUCUGAACCGCACGCUGCGGAACCUGACCUCGAGAGAAAGUCCUACGUGGACCGUGAGCGGAAUCAGUGGUAGUGCAAAGCUCUCGUUGGUGUUGUUUGCCGUGACGCCCAAAGGGCGUAGUGCUCUUACUGUGCUUCAAGCGAGAACUCUGGCGUCGUCGCAGAGUCUGAAGGAGCCUUUAUGGCACGUGGGAUUAAGUCCACUUCUUAUGGUGCUUGUGGCGUCCGCCGUGGGUGUAAUCUCGGUGGCUUUCCUUGUAGCCCUUUUUCUUCGAUAUAGGUCGAAGCACGAAAGGCAUAAACCGGAGCCUAUGAAAGGAGACGAAGAUCAGCAAAUAGCCCCAUUGCAACAGUAUCCAGACGGGGUGUUGAAGAUGCGCAGCCCACAAAGUGAGGAAAAGUGCCCUGAUGUUGUUUUAGAUGUAAGUGGUAGCGAAGAGCGCAUCAAAGAAGAGGAGAGACCGCAGGAAACAGUGCGGUGGAAAGGAUGGACAGAAGCUGAUCCCGAACAUGAGCGCGCACCGCGAGCAACGCUCCAGGAGUACCAGCCCAGCGGCCAGACGCGUGUGAAGCUCGUGGAGCCACCAUCACAGCUCACUGCACCGGAUACCUCACCUGAGACACCUUUGUGUGUGCCACCGCCUCUCAAGUACAGACAGACCAACGUUUGAGCGGAAAAAUGUUGCGCUUUCCACCGUGCAAACCACAUGGUUCUGAAAGAACUACCUGCCAUAUCUUGGACAUCGAUUCUUCGGGGAUUGUGAACCAGAAUGUGAUAUAAGACGCUGAACUACUCGUGGGAGUGAAAGUGUAGAUAUCUACUGUACUGUUACGACUGUGUGCCCCAGUUGUGAGCGCUGUCUGAUGGGUCUUCGGUGGGUAAGAGCGUUUACCCGUUUUGGUAUUUUCGCUUAGGCAUUAAAGGACAUGACUUUUUCA